AUGGAACGAAACGUUACGUCUCCCGAAACGUGCCGAUUAUGGUACUACGACGAUGUAACGCCUUGCGGUCGAAUCUGGUACCUCGGGUAUUAUGUCCCCCUGGCUCUGCUUGUCGGAUUCAUCGCGCUCACAGCUUUCAAAGUUUUGCGGCAUGCAAGACAAGGUUACGCAAAGGCAAACUACGCAGGAGAUCUAGUCGUAGAUUCGGACGGUUCGGAUGACGAGAACAAGCCGCUGCUUUCGCCCGGUUCGCGCAGCAACGACCCUGGCUCCAAUGGCUAUACUGAAGGCCCCGGGACGACAGCAAAGAAGUCCGCGCAGUCCUUGAAAGAAAAGCACUUUUCCAUCGAGAAAAUACGACUCACAGACAUCCAUGGCACGCCUCAUGGCGUGGUGGAGGUGGUGAAACGUGGAUUCAUCGAAAAGUCGCGUAUUGUGCUCGAGUUUCUAGCUGUUUUAGCACAAUUGGCCAUCCACGUUAUCAUUUUGGUCAAAUUAGCGGGUGAUAACUACGAAUUUCCCCGUGCCCCUGCUAUUGUUGGUGUCCUCCUGUGGUCCUGGCUGUUACUCGCCGUCUCGCUGCGUCUGGCCAACAUCAAUGAGCAGGUCGAGUGGGUUAAAAAGUACCCUGGAAACCUGUGGUCAGUUUCUUUCAUAUCGUACUUGUUUUUGCUGAUGAGUCAGGCUCUUCCUUACCGGUCGUACCUUGUAGGCCACAUCGAAGACCCCAUUGCCCAAAAAUUUACUAUAUCGCAAUUUUACUUGGACUUAUUUUUGUUCAUCCUACUAUUCACAGCCCAAAUUGGUAACAGCCACAGUUACCUUUACAGAACGGACAGCAAAAUCAUCCCUUCUCCUGAGCCAGUCACUUCGUUAGUGAGCUUUAUCUCUUGGUCUUGGUUGGACAAGUUUGUAUGGCAAGCCAGCAAGCAAUCAAUCAAAAUCACGGACAUUUGGGGACUUAUGUUAGAGGACUAUUCAAUUUUCGUUUUGAAGAAAUUCAAGAAUUCUGUUAGGAAUAAGACAAGUAACUUUUCCCAUAACUUGUUUUGGUUUUUUUCCAAAUACCUUGCCCUCCAGGGCUUCUGGGCAUGUUUUGAGAGUGUUAUUACCUUUAUUCCAACCCUAUUAUUGAAGCGUAUUUUAGAGUAUGUCGACGACCGGUCCACGGCUCCAAAAAACUUGGCGUGGCUGUACGUCUGCGCUAUGUUUGCGUGUAGAAUUGCAGUUGCGAUUUGUUCGUCUCAGGCUCUUUUCUUUGGAAGAAGAGUCUGCAUUAGAAUGAGGGCCAUCAUUAUUUCAGAAAUUUAUACCAAGGCUUUGAGAAGAAAGAUUUCCGCCAAUGCUAAAAAGUCCUCUACCGACGAAGUUGACCCUCAAGAUCUGAAUGAACAGAAGGAGAUCGAUGCAGACGAAGAAUCCACCACCGCUAAUCUUGGUGCCAUUAUAAACUUAAUGGCCGUCGAUGCCUUCAAAAUCUCGGAGAUUUGCGCUUAUUUGCAUGCAUUCGUCGAGGCCUCCGUUAUGACAGUUGUGGCCUUAUCUCUUCUCUACAAGCUUUUGGGAUGGUCUGCUCUUGUGGGCGCUGGUCUGAUAGUGGCCCUGCUUCCUAUCAGUUUCAAACUAACUACUUUACUUGGUGAGUACCAGAAAAAGACCUUAGCGAUAACUGACAAGAGAAUCCAAAAACUUAACGAAACCUUUCAGGCCAUCCGUAUCAUAAAGUUUUUCUCCUGGGAAGAGAAUUUUGAGAACGAAAUUCAAUCUAUUAGGGAACAAGAACUGAAAAUGUUGCUGAAGCGUUCCGUUACGUGGGCCGCAGCUGGAUUUGUCUGGUUUAUUACGCCUGGACUGGUCACGUCUGUCACUUUCGCUACUUACAUCUACGUUCAAAAACAGACCUUGACCACACCAAUCGCUUUCACGUCCCUUUCUCUAUUUACCUUGUUAAGGAACCCCUUGGAUCAGCUUUCUGAUAUGUUGAGCUUUGUCAUACAAUCGAAAGUUUCCCUUGAUAGAGUACAGGACUUUUUGGAAGAAGACGAGACUGAAAAAUACGAACAGAUUACUGUCCAUGACAAAAGACUUGGGUUUGAAAAUGCCACCUUUUCGUGGGACAGGAAAAAUUCUGAAUUCAAGCUUAAGGACUUGAACGUUGAUUUCAAAUUAGGCAAACUGAAUGUUGUGAUCGGUCCAACAGGAUCCGGUAAAACCUCUUUAUUAAUGGGGUUGUUAGGAGAAAUGGACUUAUUAAGUGGUACUGUUUACGCGCCUAGUCUUGAUGCUAGAGAGGAUUUAAUUAUUGAAGCUGAUGGUAUGACAAACUCAAUCGCAUACUGUUCUCAAGCCGCGUGGUUGCUAAACGAUACUGUGAAAAAUAACAUUCUCUUUAGCAGUCCCUUCAAUGAAGCAAGGUACGACGCUGUUAUUGAGGCUUGUGGAUUGAAACGUGAUUUUGAAAUUUUGAGCGCGGGAGACCAGACGGAAAUUGGUGAAAAGGGGAUCACAUUGUCGGGUGGCCAAAAGCAAAGAGUUUCCUUGGCGAGAGCUCUAUAUUCUUCCUCGAGACAUCUCCUCUUGGAUGAUUGUCUAAGCGCAGUCGACUCACAUACGGCCUUGUGGAUCUACGAAAACUGUAUCAGUGGCCCUCUCAUGGAGGGAAGAACCUGUAUUUUGGUUUCCCACAACGUUGCUUUGACUCUGAAAGAUGCUGAGUGGGUUGUAUACAUGGAAAAUGGUAAAGUCAAGGAUCAAGGCUUGCCAGUUGAUCUCUUCAAUAGGGGAAUUUUGGGCCAAGAUGAACUUGUGAAGGCCAGUGUUCUUUCAAGAGGAGGCUCUUCUGCUAGUCUCAGUCGUAAGGUGGAUAAAAGUGGCGUUGAUCUUACGAAAUUGAGUAAGAAGAUUGAAGAAGAGAGUGCCCCGCCCGCGAAAAUCCCUCUGACUGAUGCGGACAGAGCGAAGCAAGGUAAACUGAUCGAAGAAGAGACGAAGUCUGAAGGUACUGUUAGUAUUGAAGUUUACAAGUGGUAUGCCAAGCUUUUCGGUGGACUGAAGAUGGUUAUCUUCUUGGCUGCGGUGUUUACUCUUGCUCAAUGUGUUUACAUUUCCCAAUCCUGGUGGGUACGCAACUGGGCUUCUCACAAUACAUACGAAGCCGCGAGAAAUUUGGCCGCCAAAAUCAUCCCUCAGAAUGCUGUGAAUAUGUUCUUACCUUUGAGGGCACAAGAAAUUCAUUUCACGGUUAUUCCUGAAACAGUUAGUUCAACAAUUUCGGCCAAGAAGACUUCAGCUCACUCAACCAAGUACUACUUAUUGAUCUAUUUUGGUAUUGGUGUUGUUCAGGCUGUAAUCUCAGCGAUAAAGACUAUCAUCAACUUUGUGGCCGGUAUCAAUGCCUCUCGAAAAAUCUUCAACCUCGUUUUGAAGAAAGUUCUGUAUGCCAAGUUGAGAUUUUUUGACUCGACCCCAAUUGGUAGAAUUAUGAAUAGAUUUUCGAAAGAUAUCGAGGCUGUUGAUCAAGAAUUGACUCCAUUCGUCGAGGGUGCCUUUAUUUCUUUGAUCCAAUGUUUAUCUACUGUUCUUUUGAUUGCUUACAUCACACCAGGCUUCAUAGUUGUUGCGGUUUUCGUUACACUAAUGUACUACUUGGUUGGUUACUUUUACAUGGCUGGAUCAAGGGAGAUGAAGAGGUAUGAAUCUAUAAGCAGAUCUCCUAUCCAUCAACAUUUUUCGGAGACCCUUGUUGGUAUUACCACCAUUCGUGCCUUUGGCGAUGAGCGUCGUUUUAUGGAGGAAAACUUGACAAAAAUUGACGAGAACAACAAACCAUUUUUUUACUUAUGGGUUGCUAAUCGUUGGUUGGCUUUCAGGAUUGACAUGAUCGGCGCCUUGGUGGUAUUCGCUGCCGGUAUCUUCAUUCUUUUGAAUAUUGAUUCUAUUGACUCUGGUUUGGCAGGUAUCUCUUUAACCUAUGCUAUUUCUUUCACUGAAGGUGCGCUAUGGCUGGUUAGACUAUACUCGACUGUCGAGAUGACGAUGAACUCAGUUGAAAGAUUAAAGGAGUACAUGGAUGUGGAACAAGAACCUCAUUUCCAGAGUACGCACAAUCCACCUCCAGAAUGGCCAAACCGCGGUAAAAUUGAGGUGACAGAUUUAUCAUUACGCUACGCUCCAAACUUGCCCAAGGUCAUCAAGAACGUAACGUUCACUGUCGAAUCAAAUUGUAAAGUUGGUAUUGUGGGCAGAACUGGUGCAGGUAAAUCUACAAUUAUCACUGCAUUAUUCCGCUUCUUGGACCCUGAAAGCGGUCACAUCAAAAUAGAUAAUGUCGAUAUCACGUCGAUUGAGCUGAAGAGACUGCGUCAAUCUAUUACUAUCAUCCCUCAGGACCCAACUCUGUUUGCAGGCACCGUAAAAUCUAACCUGGAUCCAUACGAUGAGUAUACUGACAGUCAGAUCUUUGAGGCAUUGAAACGUGUGAACCUCGUUACACAAGAGGAAUUGGAUAACGAUGAGAGACAGAACGAUGAUCAAUCUUCCACAACUUCAGAGAACACUAACAAAUUUUUAUCCUUAGAUAACGCUAUCACCGAAGGGGGCAACAACUUAUCACAAGGCCAACGUCAGCUCGUCUGUUUGGCACGCUCUUUGCUACGUACUCCCAAGGUGAUGCUGUUGGAUGAAGCUACCGCUUCUAUCGAUUAUCAAUCCGAUGCCAAAAUUCAACAAACUAUAAGAGAUGAGUUCGCAAGUAGUACAAUCUUAACGAUCGCCCAUAGAUUGAGAUCCAUUAUUGAUUACGACAAAAUUUUGGUUAUGGAUGCUGGUGAAGUCAGGGAAUACGAUCAUCCAUAUUCACUACUCCUGAACAAGAGCAGUAUUUUCUACAGCAUGUGCGAGGAUAGCGGUGAACUUGAGUCCUUGGUUCAACUUGCCAAGGAGUCUUUCGUUAAGAAGUUAAACUCCAAGUAG